AUGAUCUCUAUCACUAUGCGCAUCAAGCGAAAGGAGGAUGCAUCGGUCAACACCAAAAUCAAGGAGUUUGACUGGAUUGGAACAAUCAUCUUUGUUGCGUCUUUGACGAGCUUCUUGAUCCCUCUCAGCUGGGUUGGUAUCAUGUAUGACUGGAGUAGUCCUAGAACUGUUGUUCCUCUCGUCUUCGGUAUUCUGGGUCUCAUCGCUUUCGGUGUCCAUAUCAAGUUCUGCCGAAGAUACUCUCGAUGCGAUCCUCUUAUACGGCCUAGUCUCUUCACCUCCCUCACGGCCCUCUCUGCCUACUUUGCCACCAUUAUCCAUGGUAUCAUCGUGUGGUGUCUUGUUUACUAUGUUCCCCUAUACCACGAAAUCCGAGGCUCGUCACCCAUUACUGCAGGUGUCGCUGUCUUGCCCUUCACUGGUACGGUAGCGCUGGCUGCUGUCGUGGUCGGGCUCCUGAUUGCCAAGACCGGUACAUACAGGCCCUUUAUCUGGGCCGGAUGGACUCUGGUGCCCCUUGGAAUGGGCCUGAUGAUGCUUCUUGAGAAAGACACAGAAACCUACAAAUGGGUGCUCAUUUACCUUACAGGGGGACUCGGUCUGGGCAUUCUCUACUCAGCCCAGGCCUUUGCUGCUCAGGCCUCUGCUUCUAAUUCCGAUCUUCCAUUUGCUGCCAGUAUGUACGCUUUCUGUCGCUCUCUCGGUUAG